GUUGUUGGUACGCUGCGUGACCUCAACCUUCAACCCGGGCGGAAAUUAGUUUGUGGGUUCCCGGUUCGCCUUCCUCCGGCAAUCGAUAAAAUUAUACCUACAUAGCUCGAAUAAAGUCCACCGAUGGAAUCACUGGAUUUACAAAGGAUAAAGUGCAGCAUGACAAAGCAAUAGAAAGCAUUUCCCCUUUUCGUUUGAUGUCAAAGUGCGCCGGAUCGCGGUGCCUACUAUGAUAAGCUGAUAUGUUAGUGCAUAUUCUGCGUCGAUUGAUUCGAAAGUGAUAGGUGAUUCAGCGAAAAUGUUAUCAUUGGAAUGAGGAGUGACUUGCGCGGAAUAUCAUCGACUAUCAUCUAUUUACACGCUUCAAGUGGCACUAGUGGUGUGUGAAUAUGAGUGCGGCGUUUACGUUUGCGUUCCAUGAAUAAUUCAAAUCCGAGAGACACCGUUCAAGGCUGUGUUCCGCUGCAUUCUAGCGUGAAUGACUACUAGUGAAUACACCGCACGUGAACCAAUUGUUCCUUUACAUUAGACGAUUCUGCCUGAAUUGAGUGAGAACCAGUAGCACAGGAGUGCAGUGAUAAGAAAGAUACGAGUGCAGUGCAUGCAGUGCGGGCACGAUGACUAGCAAAUGGGAUAAAUUUCUGUUGCUGCUGUGGAAAAAUUGGAUUAUUCAGAAGCGGCACUACCUACAGACGCUGUUUGAAAUACUGAUACCGGCGUUAUGCUGUUCGAUGUUAAUUUUGGUACGCGGUUUGGUGGACCCGGAAAAAGUCACCAAACCGUUAAUAUUUGAUCUGAUGGAAGCAGACGUGCUCUCCGUGACACCUUUUCAAAUACCACCGGUUAUUUCCAAGAUUGCGUACUCACCGAAAAAUGCCAUUUUGGACGACCUACUGCAUGACGCCCUUAAAAAUCAUCUGCGAAGUGUGACCGAUCUCACACUGGAGGGAUACCCGGACGCUCAGAGCCUCGAAAAUUUACUGGCCCAGCAAAACUACCUGGCUGGGGUUGAAUUUGAUAAGAACUUAGCGAACAUCACCUCGCUACCGGAUCACAUUAACUUCGCACUGCGCUUUCCCGGUGAAACUCGUGUUGGUCGGUGGUUGUUUUCCAACUGGCGAACUAACCUGUUGGUGGUACCUUUUUCGCCGGGAGCCAGAAAUCCGAACAUGACCGACGGAGGUAAUCCCAACUACAUGUACGAGGGUUUCAUACCGCUACAGGUGGCCAUUUCCAACGCUAUUUUGGCAGCGAAAAAUCCACAAUUCCAGAGGCAUAGCGUCUUUCUGAGUCGAAUACCAUAUCCACCCUACUACGAAGAUAAACUGCUACCGGCUAUGGAGCAACUGCUACCGCUGAUCAUACUGAUUGCAUUCUUCUACACCUGCAUUAAUACGGUGAAACAUAUUACGAUCGAGAAGGAACGUCAGCUGAAGGAAGCCAUGAAGAUCAUGGGACUUCCGAAUUGGCUUCACUGGACCGCUUGGUUCGUGCGAUCGUUGAUUCUUCUGCUCAUCACCAUCACGCUGGUUACGGUUCUGAUGACCGUGAGCCUUACCACCAAUACGGAACUGGCUGUGCUGGAGUAUAGCGAGUGGUCCGUUUUGUGGGUGUUCCUACUGGCUUUCGCAAUCGCCACCAUUUGCUUCUGUUUCAUGAUGAGUGUAUUCUUCAACAAAGCUAACACGGCUGCGGGGAUCGCUGGGUUGAUGUGGUUCCUGCUGAUGAUGCCGUUCAACAUAACCGUGCGAAACUACGACGAUAUGGCGACGGGAUCGAAGUUAGCUCUGUGCUUGCUGUCUAAUACGGGUAUGGCCUUCGGAGUGUUGAACAUUGUUCGGUUGGAGGGUAACCAAGCGGGACUACAGUGGUCCAAUCUGUUUGUACCGUCGACGAUGAACGAUGGACUGAGUGUUGGAUUGGUCAUUGUUAUGUUUAUUGUUGAUGCGCUGAUCUACCUGGCGAUUGCGCUGUACUUCGAGCAGAUCAUGCCGGGCGAGUUUGGAGUGGCAAAGCCGUGGUAUUUUCUGUUUAAAAAGGAAUACUGGAAGUCGAAUAAGGUUGAAGACGUACAUCAGAAUGGGAUCGAAGCCCCACCGAUGGAUUCUAAAUUUAUCGAACAAGAUCCGCCGAUGAAACAUGCGGGAGUUCUGAUUAAAAGAUUGCGAAAGGUUUACGGAAAUAAGGUUGCGGUGGAAGGGCUGGAUUUGAACAUGUACGAAGAUCAGAUUACGGUUUUGUUGGGUCACAAUGGAGCUGGUAAAACUACUACCAUGUCGAUGUUGACGGGAAUGUUCUCGCCGACCUCCGGUACGGCUUUUGUUAACGGGCAUAAUAUUCGUACGGACAUCGAAGGUGUCCGUCAUUCUCUUGGGCUUUGUCCGCAGCAUAACGUGUUGUUCAAUGAACUGACGGUUGCCGAACAUAUUAAGUUUUUUGCCAAACUAAAAGGAGUGAGCGGAAAGCUUAUUGAUGUGGAGAUUAAAAAGUAUAUUGAUCUGUUGGAAUUGAAAGAUAAAACGAAUGCUCAAUCGCGUACGCUCUCCGGAGGAAUGAAGCGAAAACUUGCCGUUGGAGUGGCCCUCUGUGGAGGAUCAAAAGUGGUGUUUUUGGAUGAACCAAGCUCUGGGAUGGAUCCUUCGGCACGCAGGGCGCUCUGGGAGUUGCUUCAGAAGGAGAAAGUCGGACGAACGAUUCUGCUGUCGACUCAUUUCAUGGACGAAGCAGACGUGCUGGGAGAUCGGAUCGCAAUAAUGGCCGAGGGUUGCUUGUCGGCAGUAGGAUCACCAUUUUUUCUGAAGAAAGCUUUCGGUGCCGGGUACAGGCUGAUAUGCGUUAAAAAUGAAAACUGUGAUAAGAUUAGGUUAUUGAGCAUUUUGAGCAAAUACCUUCCGGAGGUGGCUAUAGAAACUGAUAUUGGGACGGAGUUGUCGGUUGUUCUGCGUGAGGAUUACCUUGAGCAGUUUCAGCCAAUGCUGGAGGAACUUGAGAGUGAAAUAGACGCUUGCGGGAUUUCUAGCUACGGAAUUUCGCUUACCACAAUGGAGGAGGUAUUUUUGAGAUCGGGCACCGAUUAUAAAGGAUUCUCCAGUACUACCGAUCGAAAUAUCUUUAUCGACUCUUCAACAAACGAAUAUGCUCUUGAAAACCUUCGACUCGUAACUGGGAAGCGACUACUAAUGAAUCAAACCAUAGCUCAAUUCAUGAAAAAAAUGUUGAUCACCUUCCGCAGCCUGAUAACACUAUCAAUGCAGAUUCUCAUUCCCGUGGUAUUUGUCUUGGCAACUUACAUAAUGAUUCUGAAUUCCAACGCUGGUCAAGACCUUCCUCCGCUGGAUGUGACUCUAGAAUCUUACACCCGAUCAGUCACGGUACUGCAGGACCUAACAGGAGGUGAUCCCGUAGCAAAGACCUACCAACGACUUCACUGUCAGUUGGGACUGAAUCACGAGUUACUAACGACGCAAGAAGAAAUGAACGAUUUCAUUCUACAGAAAUCCAUCGAAUCAAUCUCUACCGUUAAUACCCGCUAUUGGGUUGCAGCUACCAUCAACCAAUCCUAUUCGAUAGCAUGGUUCAACAACAAAGCUUAUCACACCGCUCCGCUAGCGAUAAAUUUACUGUUCAAUGCUUUGCUCCAAUCUUUCUGCGUCAACUGUAGCAUUGGAGUUACCAACAACCCACUUCCGUAUCGACUGGAAACAAGAUUCGAACAGUUGGACACCGGAGCAAACUCCGGAUUUCAGCUAGCGUUCAACACCGGCUUUGCAAUGGCCUUUGUAGCGGCUUUGUACAUCAUGUUCUACAUCCGUGAGCGAACCACCCGUGCCAAACUGCUCCAAUUUGUCAGUGGAGUAAACGUAUUCCUCUUCUGGGCGGUGUCCUUCGUUUGGGACUAUCUGGUAUUCGUUGUGGUUAGUUUAUUCUACCUGGCAGCCGUAGCAGCAAUUCAGCAGGAAGGUUGGUCUACUUUUGCCCAAUUGGUCAAAGUGUUUUUGGUGCUUUUGCUGUUCGGAUUUGCGGUGAUUCCGACGACGUACCUGUUUUCGUACCUAUUCGAUGUUCCGGCUACGGGUUUCGUGAAGUUGAUGCUGCUAAACGUUCUGACUGGAACGGUGUUCUUCACGGCGGUUACGUUGCUUAAAUUCGAAGGAAUCGAUCUAGUGGACGUGGCCAAUACGCUGGAGUGGGUUUUCAUGUUGUUCCCGAAUUUCGUGCUUAGUCAUGCCUUGAAUAGUCUAAACCGGUGGGCAAGCACGGAAGCGUUUUGCAGCAGGCAGUGCGAGUCUAUUCCACUGUGUACAGAAGAACUGAUGUGUCAGCUUGUGCCGCAGUGUUGCCUGGAGGAAAUCUUUACUUUCGGAGAGAACGGAAUUAAUAGAAAUUUACUGUUUUUCAUUGGCAUUGGAUUGGGGGCGUUUGGGCUGAUAAUGUUAGCCGAAUAUCGCGUUGUGAAGAGGAUGUUAACUUUCUUCAGACGCAAUACUGUGGAACACCACGACCACGAUGAUUCAGAAAUCGAUUCCGAUGUACUAGCAGAGAAAAAACGCGUUCACGAGAUGUCACAAGGGGAGAUAAGCAGCUACAAUCUAGUUCUGAAAGAUGUAUCCAAAUAUUACAGGAAGUUUCGGGCAGUCAACAAACUAUCAAUAGGAAUUCGUCACUCGGAAUGCUUCGGUUUGUUGGGAAUCAAUGGAGCUGGUAAAACUUCAACGUUCAAAAUGAUGACUGGCGAUGAAAAUAUUUCAGCAGGCGAAGCUUGGGUCAAUGGAGUAAGUUUGCUUCGAGAAAUGAACCGAGUUCACCGGCACAUUGGUUACUGUCCACAGUUUGAUGCUCUUUUGGAGGACCUUACUGGACGGGAAACGCUCCGUUUGUUCGCGAUGCUUCGUGGAGUUCAAAACGCGGAGGUGAACAGUGUUUCGCUUGCGCUGGCUGAAGAAUUGAAUUUCAUGAAACACUUCGAUAAACUAACGAAAGCCUACAGUGGGGGAAACAAGCGAAAGCUGAGUACGGCUUUGGCACUGAUGGGAGAUCCGGCCGUAGUUUACUUGGAUGAACCAACAACCGGCAUGGAUCCGGGAGCUAAACGACAACUGUGGAAUGUUAUAUGUAAAAUUCGGGAAGCAGGAAAAGCCAUCGUGCUUACGUCGCACAGCAUGGAGGAAUGCGAAGCAUUGUGUUCCCGACUUGCCAUUAUGGUCAACGGCGAAUUCAUGUGUUUGGGGUCUACGCAACAUUUGAAAAACAAAUUUUCGAAAGGAUUUCUUUUGACGGUUAAGGUGAAACGAGAUCCAUUCGAAAGUCUACCCGAAAGGGUAGAUCAAGUAAAGCAGUUCGUUCAGAGCCGAUUCGCCGGUGCAGUAUUACAGGAGGGAUACCAAGACUCGCUCAGUUUUCACAUUCCACAGUCCAACCUUCGGUGGUCCACCAUGUUCGGACUAAUGCAAUCAUCCCGAGAGCGGCUGGAAAUCGAAGAUUACGCCCUGGGACAAACCUCUUUGGAGCAAGUUUUCCUUUACUUCACCAAAUAUCAAAGGGAAAGUAAAUAGAUAAUCUUAAUACUUCUAAUCAACGUGUGUUCUGUUCGGAGGUGGAACCAAACAACGGCAGGGCAUAUUGUUAUUAGAACCAUACGUUCUUUGAUCCCGGUGUGCUUUGGAUAGGCAUUAUAAUGCAGAAGAGUGACAAACAUGCGGAAAUAAUUCGAUUCAUGCAUAUGACUAACAUCAUACGGAGCCUGUAGAUAAAGGGUGCUGAAAGGUAGUAUUAUUUGUUCAACUGGCUG